AUGCUUUCUCCGCAUCCACUCGGACAUCUGCAUUUGUAUGAAAUAUUUCAAGAUGGCUGCCAAGCUUGCUGUAGUCUUGGCGCUUGUAGCCCUUGGCAACUCCAGUCCAGCCGUCCUAAAAGGCUAUUUAUUGCGAGAUGGACGAGGCUUUGCUAGUGGCCAAGGCUUUACAAAUGGUGGUGGAACUUCAAGUGGAUCAGCAACAAUCAGUGGAGGUACAAUGCAUGCUGAAGGAUCCGCGUCGUCAGAUGGAAGCCAAUUCAUCAGAAACAUUGGCUUCGGUGAAGCUAUGCCUGGCCAAGUGGUAGCAAACGCACAGGUUUCUGAUUCACCUCAACUUUCAUCAUACGAAAUGGCUAAAGCAAUUGCAGAUGCUCAAAAUCAACAAAUGUAUUACCCAAUUCCGCCUCCAGCUACCAUUGUUUCUUAUGAACAGAACUAUGCAAUUCCUCAACAAAUAAGAUAUGAAAUUCCUGUCGGUCUGACAAAGGCUGAAUCAUCGGCUGUUCUUAACGGUGCUGCUAAUGGUUUGACUUCUUCAGUAGCUAGUGACGCAUCUGGCUCUGCUGAAUCAUCAGCCCAGACUCAAGGCGUUGGACAAUAUGGACUGACCUCAUCAAACGCAAAAACUUUCGGUGGAGUUGGCUCUGCUUCAGCUAAUGCAAAUAAUGCUUAUGGAUCUACUAUUACUUCAGCUAAGACACAAGGUAUUGAUUAUUCUGGCCUGAGAUAUCAAGACGGUCUUAGAGUGUCAUCUGCGAAUUCACAAGUGAAUGGUGGAUAUGGUACUGCCUCUUCAAGUGUCAAUAAUGCCGCUGAUUCUCCAGUUGCAACAGCUAAUGCUCAAGGAUACGGCGCUGUAUCUUCAAACGCUGAUAUUAACAACUCUUUGGCCGCUACUAAAAAUUACGGACACAAUGCAAUUAGCUGGAGGUUCGGAACACUAUACGGUACACCAUCUCACCUACAACAAGCUGUACUACCUCAAGCUGUAGCUACCAGCCAGGCGAGCGGUGGUACUGCCAAGUCUACUGCGCAAUCUAAUGGUCUGGAAUCUUCACAAUCCUCUGCUGAUGCUCAAGGCCAAGGUUUUGUCAACGCCAUUGCUAACUUAAACGAUGGUUCUUAUACCCAAUACAUGGCAAACAAUUAUGCCUUUGAAAGUGGUGUAGCAAAAACAGCUGCCAACACCAACGGAUACGGUACAGCUAACUCAGUAGCUAACACUGGCUUAGGAUCUGUUCAAUCAACUGCAAACUCAAACGGAGGAUACGGAACAGCCAAUGCCAAUUCUGAUAUUAACGGACUUGGAGGAUUGAGAUCAACUGCCAACACUAACGGGUUUGGAACUGCCUCAUCUUCGGCAAACGGACCUGUAAUGAGUGUUUUCAGGAAUGUUUAUGUUCCUUACACUGGAUCACGUUCAGCCACGAAUGCACAGACUUCUGGCAACGGUUCUGCUGCAUCAUCUGUUGAUGGAUACAGAAUCAACUCGUCAGCUAAUACCGCCGGUUAUGGAACUGCUCAGGCUAAUGCACAAACACUCUGAUCUAAUGAGCUCACAGCAACAACAUUAAGACGACUCCAGUAACUUGUCUUGGUGUCUUUGCAUUCAUUGUAAUUUUAAGUAUUUAAUUUAAUAUUUAUUUUGUCACCCGUCAUAAAAAACAAACUCAUUGAUUCAUUAAAAUUGUCAAGUUCUAAA